CACAAUUACCAACUUGCUUCUCUCUCUCUCUCUCUCUCUCUCUCGCUAUUUCACAAGCUCUCAACUUUCAAGUCUUCUGUUCUCAGAGAUCCGGAACCCUAAUCAGUGUUCAUACGUUCUAGGGUUUUUCCCCAGAGAUCGCAACUAGUUCUUUGGCGUUGAGGGGUUGGGUUUAGUCCUACAUUAACUGUUGGAGGGUUGGUUCGGUUCCUUACGAGUUACGAUCGGAUCAUGGACAAGUUUUGGAUUACUAAGCAACUAGGCGGUGGUUCUUUCGGAACAGUAUUUGAGGCGCAGCACCAACCGACGGGUGAAGUCGUUGCAGUCAAGUAUCUGAGGGAGACAUUCAGUUCCUUUGAGCAGUGCCUAAGCCUACCGGAAGUUCAGUCCCUUUCCAAGCUUAGGCACCCCAACAUUGUCCAGUUGAAGGAUGUCAUCUUCGAAAACGAUUCUGCAUUCCUUGUCUUUGAGUAUAUGCAGAGCAGUCUGCUUGAUCUUAUGAUGAAAAGGCGAACCAAAUUCACCGAGGAAGAAGUUAGAAGCAUCUGCUUUCAGAUGUUUCAGGGCCUGGCUUAUAUGCACAGAAACGGCUAUUUCCACCGUGAUUUGAAGCCCGCUAAUGUGUUGGUUAAGGAUGGUGCGCAUGUAGUCAAGAUUGCAGAUUUGGGUUCGGCUAAGCAGAUUGAUUCACCUCCUCCCUAUACAGACUAUGUCACCACUCGUCCGUAUCGUGCUCCUGAGGUGUUGCUUCGGUCAGGCUUGUAUGGUCCUAAGGUCGAUAUGUGGGCAAUGGGCGCCAUCAUAGCAGAGCUGUUUUCAUUCCGGCCUCUAUUUCCCGGCGAAAGUGCUGAUGAUCAGAUGUUCAAGAUUUGCAGUGUUAUAGGCAGUCCCACCUGGGAGUCAUGGCCAGAGGGACAGCUUCUUGCCCAAAACUUGAACUAUCAGUUUCCAAAAAUUGGCGGGGUUGGUCUAUCUGCGAUGAUUCCUUCUGCAAGCAGAUCUGCCAUCCAGCUGAUUUCUUCCCUUUGUUCUUGGGACCCUUCCGCGAGGCCUACUGCUGCUGAGGCACUUCGGCAUCCUUUCUUCGUUGGCAACUACAAGAUUCCAAGAGCCAUCCCUUUGAGACAGAGCAACAUUCUGCCUGCAUCGAAUUCUCUUAUUUUCGCGUAGAUUUGACACGAGUAAUGUGGGUAGUUAACUGUAUUUGAUUCAUUAGCUUUCAAAAGCAACAGAUUUUAUUUUAGCGAGCGUAGUUUAUUUGAUUAAAGUGGCAGCAAGCCAACUACAAAUAACGUAUGUCUGAUACAAUUUUUGUAAGCUCUCAUUAAUGUGCAAU